AUGGAGUUUGUUUCAUCUGAAUUGUCAGGCGCGGAUUUUGUUGCUUCAGAUUGGACAGAUACGGCGUUGUUUACUUCCGAGUUUCUCGCUUGUUUGUCUGCUCGUUUGUCUACGGUCGAAGUGUGUGUUAGUGAUCUAUAUUGCCGUGUUCGCCCUUCGUACGGAGGUGAGUCUCGCCUGCAUGAGCGAGACCAGCUGUAUGGGCAUGGUGUCAAAGUUUCUCAAUCGAAGUUGCGCCGCCUGCGGGCGAAACGUGUCAGGUAUCGUUUGUGGUCCACGGCUCGGGGGCCAGAUCCGUCGUGGCUUGUUCGCGCGGGCAUUUGCGCGCCCAGAUAUUAUCGGAAUUUCUGCUCGGACGAUUCUGAGGAAGAGGAGUGGGUUGAGGACACUUGUGGAACACAGGCUGAUAUGGAUGCUGUUGAAUUGGCUGGCAACUCUUUGUGUUCGCAGUGUUCCGAUUCUGGGACUCAGACAAAUCCCCGUGUUCACAUUGCGUGUGGGACUCAGACUGAUCUUUGUGUUCUCUUUGUUGGUGAGGAGGAGAAGGAGGAGUGUCAUCGAGUGAGCGCUGACAACAACAAAAACUCGGAAGUGGUCUCUGUUUCUGUUGAUCCAGGUGUUCUGAAAGAGGAGUUGCAUGAUGAGGAGUUGCAGGGUGAGGAGUUGCAGAAUGAGGAGUUGCGGAAUGUGCAGUUGCAUUGUUCUCAUCAUAGAGAUUCUAUGGCUUCACACCCUGGGAGUUCCACGACUGGGAGAUUAUCUAAUGCAGUUGUGAGUGCAGCAGUGACGGAGGACGAGUGUCAAGCUGCCAGGGACUGGGCCCUUGCCGGUGUCGAUGUCAGUGCCCUUUGGCGUGAGCUACACCGACUCCCGACACAGGAGUUUCAGCGUAGGACUGAGGCUCUUAAUGCAUACAGGCUGCAAUUGGGAAUUGAAAGUUCCGAGGAGGAUGAUUCGCAACAAGGGGUUCCUCAGAGUUCUACUUCCAGGAGUGCAUUGACGCGGAGCGGCGAGAAGCAUCGGAAACGGCACAGAUGA